AGAACGUCCAAUCACAGCUCGAAUUUUUUACUCGGGGAGAAAUUUGAAAGUUCAUGCGUGUUGCUGCUGUAAAAUCUCCAUUUAUAUUGGUAAUUUUUUUUUUUUGCAAUAGAUUUUGUUAAUGCAACAUGUCUGCAAAUUCUUUAUAUGCAGAUCAAUUCAAGAAAAACGACGAUGUGUUUAGAAACGCAAUGGAAGCUAUUUUUCAAAAGUAUUCUAGUCUGAAUGAUCCUGGGAUAGACGUCUGUCUGAAAACAAUGACCUGCAAGACUGGUAGAGGUUCUGUGCCCAUUGACAGUGUAGAGGGAGAACGUGAGUUGGAAGCAUUAAAGACUCGAGUUCGAGCAGACAUUUCGAUGAGGGAGUUUGAGGACCAGGAGAAUGAUCAGUUUCAGAUGGAUGUGUCAGGGAUCACUGAGGAUGAUCUUAAUGGCUCAAGUCAAAAGGAAAACGGUGAAAAUUUGUGGCACAGAGGUGAUUCAUUCCAGCUCUCUAUGAAUCUGAAUAACACAUCUGAUUCUUUGUGGGGUGAGCCAUCUCAGCCUGAGGAAGAGGAUGAAGAACUGGAGAAAACACUGAGCAGCCAUGGAAGUACCCUCCUGGAUGUCUAUCCCAGCAUGCUCAACCAGAUCGGCGAGGCAUACCGGCGACAGCACGUGACUGAUACGGCGAGGGCCGUGGUGCAGAAGUACCGUCACAAACACUGGCAAGGUGGCCUGUUGCAUCGCAAUGCAUCCAUUAAGAAGAGACACAACUGCACGCUGAACAAAACAACAGAGAUCUCAUUUACCAGUCAAAGUCCAGUUCAAAGAAACAUUAGCAACUGUUUCAAGAGCACUGACAAACUUAAACAUUUGCCUAAGAACAAAUCAAGGUCUUCGCCACUCAAAAAUUCAUCCUAUGAGGCCAGUGCCUGUUUUUACUCACCCAGGAGGAACGGCGUGGAUGUGAGCGGUGUGACUGAUAAGUGUUCAUGGACUGAUAUGCAUUUAACCAGUAAACCUGCGCGUGUGAUUGAUUUCUCCACACCUGCAUAUACUGGUUCUCCCUCAUGUAGUGACCAAUCUCCAGAUCUGGAUCAAACCUAUGAUGUUGGACCAACAUUUAAUACUAUUCCAGCCUCAUCGGUUCUUAUGUCUCCACGACAGAGCAGAGCAGAUCUGUCUCUUAUUGACCGGAGAGGAAUAUCAGUCACCUCCCGACCUUCCUCAUUGGAUAAAGACUGUUUCAGAGACCGCCUUCACUCUCCAGUCCCCUCCCCUCACUGUGGUCUCAUUGGUGUUUUAUCUCCUAGUGGAAAAAGUAGCUUCAGACCUGGUGUGCUGAACAUGGAAAGACAAAUAAACUCAGCAGCAAGUCCAAAGCGAAGGUCUCCUGUCCACCAUCUGUCCCAUUCUGAGGUCCUCAGAUCUCCUUAUGGUGCCAAACAGGUGCCAUUGUCAUCACCCCGGUGGUCUGUUUACGACCACCCUGACCGAAGCUUAUCCAAGGUGGAGAAAUCCCAUUUUACUCUCUCCAACCGUCAACACUCUCUUUCUGGCCCUCAGUCCACCUGCUCAUUCAGUGAACUGCAGAUUGAUGCUGAGUUCAGAAAGCUGUAUCACCACUUCAUCUGUCGUGGAACAUCAUCGCCAUGUCCUUCCUCCCACUGUCACCUGUGUGAGAGACACAUGAAGGAGCCGUCCCGAAGCCCGAGCUUUUCCUCCUCCAGCAUGUCUGCUCUCGCUCUAACUCCCCUGAGAGCCAAGCUCAAGAAACGCCGCCGUCAGCCCGAAGUGGAAGAGUCACUCCGAUUCAAACGCUUCAGAGAGAGUCGUUCUCCACUUAAACAUCUCCAGCUGAGAGACAGCUAUAUCACCCCUGGCAUGUCAGAACCUUCUGAAGACAAACACACCAUGGAUAGAGCUGUCCUCCUACAGUGCCCCAGUCCACGGUUCCUCAUGGGCACUGGAAACCUCAGAAGAAUCAGGGAGGCUAAAUUAAAUAUGUCUUGGAGAGAUGCCCCAAGCAGAGUUCAUACAGUGGAGGCUGUAUCGCCCAUGAGACCGUUUAACCAGGGUACCUCACCACUCUCUCUUAGUCUCUCCAGGAGGCGACUGCAGUAUGGUCUUCUGCAGUGAUGUGCUUUCCUGUACGCAUCCCAGAGCCUGCAUUUCCCCUUGUGGGAUAAACAUGUAUAUUGUGAAUAUAUAAAGUUCCCCUUAGUGAAAAAGCAUGGGACUUAGUGCUUAAAAUUCAGUUUUUCCGUUUUCUUUUUUGAAAUAUUAUGUACCUGUAAAUGCAGCAGUUUGUUAAAAUUUUGCUGUGUAAAUAUAUUUCCUUCACUUUGAAAUACCCUUGUUUUAAUAUUAUGAAUUUUAAUGGAACCCAGUAUUGCUUUUUUCAUAAGUGUCCAAUUACGUGUGCCUUGAUGAAUGUAAUGUUUAUCUGUUAAUAAUUCAAGUUUGUUUUUUUUUGUACUUUUUAAUAAACAAAUAUGUGCAUUUCA